AAUACAGUACUCAAGUAAAUUUAUAAGCUACUUUACAAUUGUUUAUAUAUUACAAGUAGUGAGAGGCCAAGAAUGUGAACCCGUACAGUAGGUCUCACACACACUGAACACUGUCAACACACCCCAACACACCCUGAGACUCCCUACCAGGAUGGAGGAAAGUGAGUCUGUUAAUAGUGACUUUAAGGACAUUGCCAACCCUAUUGAUAAUAUGGAGGAUAUUAACACUGAGUCUAAGAAGAAUACCAUCCCUACUGAAGAGGUGAAGGAACUUUUGAGGAGUUGUAUUAAUAAUGACUCCAAGAAGGAUGUUAAACUUACUGAAGAAGCUAAGGAACUGUUAAGAAUUAUUUAUGAACGUAAGAAGGAUGUUAACCCUACUGAAGAGGUGAUGGAAUUUUUAAGUAUUAUAUAUGAACGUAAAAAGGAUGUUAUCCCUAAUGAUGUGAGAGAACUUUUGAGUAUUCUUAAUGACUGCAAGAAGGAUGAGAUUCCUACUGAAGAGGUGAAAGAACUUUUGAGUGUUAUUUAUGAAAGGAAGAAGCAUGUCAUCCCUCCUGUAGAUAAGGAAUCUUUGAAUACUAUUUAUAAACGUAAGAAGACCAGCCUUACUGACUUUAUAGAGGAAUAUGAUGAUAUUAUGGAUAAGCAGAAGGAUGUUAACCCGACUGGUUAUGUGGCUGGUGAUUUGGAUUUUCAGAAGAGGCCACGACCAAGAUUAAGAAAGACACCUUCAAAAAGUAUAUGGGUAGCAUAUCUUCUGUGGUUUGUUGGUGGCUGGUUUGGUCUACACUUACUGUACCUGAGGCGGGAUCGUCAGGCAUUCAUCUUGUUUACUACCAUUGGAGGUUACCUUGGUUGUGGACUCAUGCGGGAUUUUAUCCGUAUACCAGCUUACGUGAGAGAUAUUAAUGCAAGUGAUGAUUAUAUAGCUGAAUUAACACAAAAGAUGAAGAAGCAUCGAAAGCCGCCCUUCAGUCUGAUACGGUUCGUUAGUCAAAUCUUGGUGGGGAACAGCUGGAGCAUCCUCAUGAUUGCUGCUGUGCCUACAGAAGAAGUGUUUGGCCUAAGCUGGACAUCACUUACACUUCUUUCACCCAUAGGGACAGCUAUUGGUGUGUGGACAAUUGGCAAUAUUGGUCGUGAACAAGGACAGCUAAAGUGGGCUAUGAUUGGAGCUUAUAUUGUGCUUCCUUUCUCAUUUUUCCAUCCACCAUUGGCUAACUGGAGUGCAAUUUCUUGUGCUUUGCUCUUUACUUCAAGGGGGAAAGAAUGGCGAAGAACUCCAUAUCCCGACUCUCCGUUUUGCAAGCGGUUCAUGACUUUGAUGAUGUGUGUUGUGGUCUUCAACAGUUUCUGGGGCUCAGCCUUAUAUUUCAAUGCAACAGUGACUGAUAGUCAAGGAGAACGCAUUAAGCUGCGAGAUGCUGCCAAGAACUUUCUCAACUCUCCCAUGUUCCUUGAAUUUAAAGAGAAUCUCAAAGUGAUCUUUAAUGAUGCUCGGGAAAAUGGAUGGACGAACGCAUGGACCAAUUUCGUGGAGUUGCUCGAUCCACUCGGGGAAGGACAUGCCUUGAAGGUUUUAGGUCUAACGUCAGGAGCUACUCAGGAUGAAAUUUCAUCUGCCUACAGGAAGCUGGCAAAAGAAUGGCACCCAGAUCGGCACUCAUUUGAAAACAAGGAUGAAGCUCAUAAAAGAUUUAUGGAGAUCCAGGAAGCCUAUGAGAAACUCUCAGACAUAAAGAAUCGAAGAAAACGGAAGAACACUAAACUUCAAGAACAAGAUGUAAAUUCUGGUUAAAGUUCAGGAUGUAUGUGAAGAAACAGCAGAUUAAAAUGUUACACUUGAGGUAGUUCUGUCUAGUAUACUGCUCAGCAAGGAAAAUUCUUGUAAUAAUCCUGGCAUUACCUCAGCAGGGUUUUUUUCCUUAACAUUAGGUACUUUUGAGGAGUUAGCCAUGGAGCAUAUUACUGUAAUGAAGAGAAAGAAGCCUGAAAGGAAUGGAGCCUAUCCAUUAUCUCUUGUGAGUUUUCUAUGUGAAACAAACAGAUUACUCCCUACAGGUGUAACACUAAAAUGUUGUUUAGUUGUAGAUUGACUCGGUGUGUAGCAAUUCCAUACUGUACUUGACAUAAUGACGCAAAAUACUUUACAGAAGACACUUUGCACAAGAUUUUAACAUUUUAGUAGACCUAUGUAAAGUAAAAUGGUUAUAGUACAGAACCCUCUUCAGUGGUAAAGAAAAUUUGUGAGCAUCACUCCCAGCCUUUAGUGGGUCCAUAGACAGUGUGAGUUGGUGUAUGCUAAGAAACAUAAAUAUAUUUUGUAGUUGUAUGGGUAGGUAGUGUGAUUGGUGGAAAAUUGUGCUUGCUGGUUGUAGCAUGAGGUGGGGUUAAGUGAUGUUCCUCAGGGGGCUUGUUGAUGCAAAAAAUGAAGUAUAGAUGUAGUGACAAAGGAAAAUGUUUAUGAUAUAGAUGGUUGGUGGUGGGGAGACCGCUUGAUCUCCUCCAGGGAAUGAAGGCAGGAACACCUGACAGUUUCAACCCUCAGUUGACAUCACAUCCAUACUGGACCCAACUCUUGUUUAAGCUGUAUUAUUUUUGAGUGACAUGAUCAUUUACUUUGGUUUAUUGUCAGUUUUUAAGAUAUUAGAAGAUUAUUUAUUUAAUACUUUGAUAAAAUUAUAAUGCUUUAUGAGGGGAAUUAUAUACAGAACUGAAAUUAGACCCACUAGUGAAUGUAGGAAGUGGGUCCACAAGAGUUGCAGUGCAGUAGGAUGAUGGAGGGUAACAACUGGCCCUAUCAAGGCAGGAGAAACUCAACUGUGUUGUUGGGUUGAGCUACGUAGGUGACGGAAUCAGUGUUGGAGGCAGUAUUGAAGCUACAGUAGCUCAGUUUCAUGAGUCAAAAGUGGCUGGAGGAAGUUUAGGGAGUUGUUGCCUUUAUUGAAAGGAAAAUAUAUGCAACUGGCUUGAGAAGUGUGUUGUUGCAUGAUACUGAAACAUGGUAGUUAAAAAGGAUAGCAUAAUCAAGCUUGAAUCAGCUGAAAUGAGAAUGGUGAGGUAGAUAUUCAAUGUGACACUGAAAGAUAGGAAACCUGUUCAGAGUGAGGAAAGUGGCUGGGUAUUGAUAGGAUUGGGAAAUUUUGCAGAGGUAGGCUGAGAUGGUUUGGGCAUGUAAAAAGAAUGGACGAGACAAAUUGGUUGAAGAAAUGCGGAAGUAAUGAGAGUUAGGGGUAGGUCAAGAAUGACGGGGGGUUAAGAAAUUACUUAAGAUUUAAGAACCUGAGAAGACAGGGUGCAAGACAGAGUAAAGCAUGGAGAGCUGCUAUCAGGUAAUUAUAGCUUACUUAUGCAAGUAUGGGAAAUGGCCAUAAAAAGUUGUUGUUGAUGCCUGCUCAUCAGCAGGACUUCUCAACUAAGUUAUUAAUAUUUCUUGUAAUGGGCCACACUAAUGUUCAAUAAUGAAUUAGAACUGUAAUACUAAUUUUAACUAACAUACAAUGUGAAUGAGAUCAACUUGAGGCAUUAUAAAAUAAUUUUCAGGGAUACAAGGCAAUAAAAUUUACUUAAAUUCA